UGUCUCUCUGAACACAUCAAUCGAAUUAUGCGUUUCCAAGGAGACGAAGAAGUUGGGACGACGCCAAGCCAAAUUGCUGGAAAAUCAUCCAUGUUUCGGUACAAUUCACCCCAUGGGUCUUAUCGGACUGGUGUGUUUCUGUUGCCCUGGCAUGUUCAAUGCCCUUAUCGGGUAUAGGCUGUGGUAAGUAGGUCGACCACACGAUUGCGAACAACGACAACACCGCCGAGCAAAAAGACUCUCGGCAGUGAAAUACAGCGAUGGCUCGGAACGACAGUAGAACUGAAUCGCCAUGGAUGACUCGCGGCCGCUGCGGCUGUAGAUGAACUGCGGAAGUGCACGGCGAGAAGGAUCCGGCUUUGGCAAUGGCAGAUCAUCAUCAUCAUCCCCAAUUCACCCCUUCUCAACUCCACCCGUUAGUCAUGCGCAUCCAUCACCCAAAUCCCACCACACCAACACUGUAACCCUAACUCUCUUCUCUAACGCUGCAAUGCCCCUCUGCUCAUCCAUCACCCAAUCCUAACUCUCACCACCAACAACGCGCCGCUGAUGGAAAAAGACAGGAUCGUACUCUAAUCUUGGUGGGAAUGGAAGUCAAGAAUCAUCCUUAGCCUUCUUGGGUUGAAAAAUUGGGGUUUUUGAUGGAGAGAUGUGGAGGAAAAAAUUGGCAAUCUGAGGAAGAAGACGAUUACCGUGGCAUGAGGGUAUUUGCAGUUACUAGCGCGCGUUGAAGGCAUGAAAUUAUGUCGCCGCCGCCAUUGCUGCAAAUCGAUUUAUUGAUGAUGAUUUGGUAAUCCCAUGGUCGCCACCUGCAAAUCAAGACCGGUGGUUGUAGUGAUGUUACAAUCUCUGGCACCACCCAUACCAAGUUUUGAUUCAAACCCAAGCGGCGUGAAGGUAGGUGAUAAAAGGUUAGAUUUGAAGGUUUGGUGGUUCAGUUUAUCUCGACGGUCAGUUGGCGUCUCUCUCCGACGAGGUUCGAUAGGAUUGCCAUUGCAAAUCCAUUUUUGUCGGCAACCACAAACCCAAAAUCCCUGCUUGGUGAUGGGUUAGGGGCAAAACCGUAACUUUAACAAUACACAAAUAUUUUUUAUAUUUUUUCAUUAAACAAAUAGUUUAACUCUAAUAAAAAUGUAAAUUCAUAUCAGUCCACUAACCAUAAAUAGUUAAUUUAGGCCUUUCUGUAAUAUUGUGGCCAUUUUCUAUCUACAUGUAUAAGUUGAAAACCCGAUGGGUCAUUUGUGUAAUUUGCCUAAAAAAAAAAACAACAACAAAAAAAAUUGAAAAAAAAAAAAAGACUACUUGUAAUGGGUUUAUUUUCUUUUUCUUUUUAAAUUUUAAAUUUUUGUUGUCAAAAGCACACAUUUCAAGUGCAAAAAUGCUUUUUAGAUUAAAGUGUAAAGAAAAGGAAAUGAAGGGAGAAGGAAAGGAAAUGGAACGAAAAGAAACGAUGGUUAACGGUUUUGCCAUUAUGAGGUAUUACAAGGGAAGGGAGAAGGAAAGGAAAUGGAACGAAAAGAAACGAUGGUUAACGGUUUUGCCAUUAUGAGGUAUUACAAGGAAUACCUCGGCCCACUUUCUACAUUUUUUUGAAUUUCCGUCCCUCUCCCCCCUCUCUCUCUCACACACACACACCGACGCACACACAGAGGUAGGGUUUUCAAACAUCAGAAUCAGAAAUGAUCAAAUGCAGUCAGUCACAAUUCAUUCCAACAAUCUCACAAUCUGAUGUUUAACAAAACGUCGAAUUUUUGUGCGACAAUACUGCUAACCAAAACCUCUUUCCAUCUGGAACACACGCACACACUUUCUCUCUCUAAAUCAGUUGAAGAGAAGGAUCACGAAUUUCACGGAUCCAUCAAUGGCUUUACUGGCGGCGAGUGGCGGCGACACUGUGAAGCUCUUUGACGUCUCCGUCGAGCCCGGGGAUCCUUGCACAUUGAGCUACACACCCUCUCCGGGUUUCCAAGUGAACUCGGUCAAGUGGAACCAUACGAAUUUGGUUGUGGCAAGUGCGGGGAACGAUAAGAAGAUAUCGCUGUGGCAGAAAAAGGGGCAGAGCAUGGGGACCAUUCCCGUUGCCGGCUCUGACAGUGUUAACAUUGAGGAGUCUAUAAUGGUCAUUAGCUUUAGCAACAAGGGAUCUAGAUACAUAUGUUCUGGGGGAACUGGUCAAGUUGUAAGAAUAUGGGAUUUGCAAAGGAAACGAUGUAUCAAAUGGUUGAAGGGUCAUACUGAUACAAUAACAGGUGCAAUGUACAAUUGCAAAGACGAGCACUUGGCUUCCAUCAGUCUUAAUGGGGAUCUUAUUCUUCACAACCUUGCUUCUGGUUCCAGGGCUGCUGAACUGAAGGAUCCUAAUAAUCAGGUGCUGAGAGUUCUUGAUUAUUCUCGGAUUAGCAGACACCUUUUGGUGACUGCUGGUGACGAUGGAUCUGUACAUCUGUGGGAUACAACUGGUCGAAGCCCAAAGGUUUCUUGGUUGAAGCAGCAUUCUGCACCAACUGCUGGUGUUAGUUUCUCCCCAUCAAAUGAUAAGGUAAUUGCUAGUAUCGGUUUGGAUAAAAAGCUAUACACUUUUGACUCGGGGACUAGGAGACCUUCCUUUUGCAUUCCUUACGAGGCACCUUUCUCUUCAUUGGCAUUCAGAGAUGAUGGUUGGAUACUUGCAGCUGGAACAAGUAGUGGCCGGGUGGUAUUCUAUGAUGUUCGUGGAAAACCACAACCUUUCACUGUUCUUCGUGCUUAUGGAAAUUCUGAGGCUGUCAUAGGCUUAUGCUGGCAAAGAUCAAAACCUGUAAUUGUAAAUGAAAGCAAUUGCACAUCUGAAACUGCUCUUCUAGGAGGUGCCGUUGAAGAUUCAAUCCUUAUGCCUGAUCCGCUCCCUUCUGUGACACCAUCAAGCCUUUCAAUAUCCACCACAGUAUCUGGUUCUCGAAAUUCUGGUCGUGCAGGUCCCUCUGUAGAUUCAUUGUCCUAUUUAGCAACCGGCAGUGGAUCUAUAUCAAGCAUGCUCAAUUCAUCUAUAGCUGAGAAUUCACCACUUCGAAGCACUUCGUGGACUGGUGGAACUUUGGGAAGAUUACAUGCUCCUCGUAAUUAUAACUUCAAGGAUGAUAUGGAGGUGUUCUCCCCGCUUGUAGAAGUUCAGCCGAUUACACCCUCUUUUGAUAAGCUGUGGGAUCAGCAUGGGGUAGCAAAGAAAGAUAAUCUUACCAUGGAUAAGAAACCUUCUAUGCUGUUUCCUUCGAGUAGGAGAUUCCCUCUUUCGGAUGAAGGGGCAAAUGAUCUUCAUCCAAUUUUUGACUGGAAAUCUAGUUCACAAUCGAAGCAGGAUGACAUCCGUUCUAUUUCGCAGUUGGGAUCUACUCCUACUGCGUCUUCCAACAGUGAUGACUCAUCUUAUAUCACUCCUCCAGAAGCUUGGGGUGGUGAGAGGUUAUCUGAUAAAUUCACCCACCAUCAUCAAUCAGUCAAUUUGCCAUCUCGUUUUGCGAUGUUGACAUCUAAUAGUCUGACAUCAGGAUCAGUGAUUUCUGGAUUACAGGAUCAUACUUUGUCAACAAGCCAGAUGAAUACAAGCUCCCUAACCAGUUCGAACCUGAGCUUGUCGAAUUUGCACACCAAAGGCACUUCCUCAAGUCAAGAGACUUCAUUAGUAUUUUCAGAACACGUUCCCUUUAGUGCCACUACCACAUCUCUCUCUCUAGGUACAAAAGGCAUUACAGGGCAGGCUAACCUUGAAUCUCUAGGACCGGCAUUGACCCUCCCACGGAGAUUUUCCACUUAUGCAGAAAGAAUAAGUGCUACUCCAUCUUUCAGUGGCGGAACAUCCCCUUUAGGGGGUUCACCAAAAACCAAGAAAACAGGAGCUGAAACAAUGGAAGAACUUUUGCAUAGUUUAUUGGCUAGGUCUGACACAUCAUCUACCACGGACACAGAGAUUCUUCCAGCUAUGAAUGGUGGAGCUACCCAACCGCACCAAAUCCCGUGUGAGCCUGAGUCACAGCAGGGAACUUCUUUUACACUUAAGCUGUUUCAACGCACUCUAGAAGAAACUCUUACUUCCUUUCAGAAAUCCAUUCACGAAGAUAUGAGGAAUCUUCAUAUAGAAAUCUUAAGGCAAUUUCAUAUGCAGGAGAUGGAAAUGUCAAGCGCAAUGAGCUCAAUUCUGGAAAACCAAGUUGAACUUAUGAAAGAAGUUCAGUCUCUUCGCAGAGAAACCCAGCAGCUCCGUCAAUCACUGAACCUCCCUUGGGACUUCUCCGACUUCUGAGCUUCAUGUAACAAAGCAGGGCUAGAAGGAUAGGUUAGAUUUCUCUUGGUCAUGGCUGCAACCAAAACCUGCAACAUGGGUGUUAAAGGGCUGCCCUCUGGCACCCUAU